AUGGACGAACUGACGGCAGAAAUAUGCUGCCCUUACUUUGCUCUCUCUCUCUCUCUCUCUCUCUCUCUCUCUCUCUUCUUUAUCUAUCCCAAGAAGAUUGAGCGAGUUAUACACGUGACUGAACAACGCAGCUUCUCUUCUCUCUCUGUCUCUCUGUCUCUCUGUCUCUCUCUCUCUCUCUCUCUGUUACUUACUUACUCACUCAUUCGUUCAAUUGCUUGCUCGCUGUCUGUCUUUCUCUAUUUAUCUUUCUUUUUACUCUCUCUCUCUCUCUCUCUCUCACUGUGGAUGCAUUCUCCCGUUAUCUUUAUUCAUAAAUCCACUGCCGUUCUUUUUGUGAAGAGUGCAAACAAAGCCACCACCAUAGGCUACAAAAGGGCUACCCUUGCCCGCCAACAUCUGAAGACCACGAUCCUCGCUUUCCCAAUCCCGUUAUUCAUUUGUUGUUCGCGUAUGCCCUCUUGUUACCACAUUGCGCUUGUUCUUUCUCUCAUUGUCUUUUUCUUUCCCAUUUCUUUCCUUUUCCUUCCACUUCUUUUUUUUUUCUAUAUCUUCAGCUCAUGUAGCGUUCUUGCUUUCUUUCUUUUUCUUAUCGUCAUUUUCUUUAUUUUUUCUCACUUUAGCUCAUCUUGUGUUUUUUCUCCCAUUGUCAUUUUCUUUCUUUCCCCUUAUAUUUUUUCUCUCUCUCGGCGUUCUUUCUUUCACUGCUUUUCCUUCCUUUUUCUUUCCUUCCCUAUCUUUUCUUUAUAUCAACUCACCAUAGUUUCUUUUUUUCUUUUUCCUCAUUUGUAUUUUUUCUUCUUUUUCUUUCCUUCUUUUUCAUUUUUUUCUAUAACUUCAGCUCAUACUGUAUUCUUUCUCAAGUUGUUUUCUUCCUUUUCUUUCUUUCAUUUUAACUUUUCUCUCCCUUCAAUUUAUCACACAAUCCUUCUAUGCCUUCUUUUUUUCUUUCUUUCAUUUUAUCUUUUCUCUCAUUUCAAUUUAUCACACCAUUUUUAUGUCUUAUUUUUCUUUCUUUCAUUUUAUCUUUUCUUUCACUUCAAUUUAUCACGCUUUCUUUAUCUAAUUGUCUAUUUUCUUUCUUUUUCUUUCCUUCCUUUUCCUGUUCUCUCUCUCUCUCUCUCAUAUCAGCUCAUUCCGCUUUCUUUCUUUCUCUCGUUAUUCUCUUCCUUAAAUUUAUCUAAAAUUUAUCGACUAUGUCUUCUCAUUGAUUUAUCUGUCCUCAUUUUCGAUCGAACAUUUGUUUUCUUUUCGUCUCACGUUUUCUUAAUUUACUACUUCUUUCCAACUCCCGUUUAUUCAUUUUUCUUCAGCCACCCUGUUUCUCUUCAUUCGAUCCAUUUUUAA